GUGAAAUAUUCAAAUCUUUUGCAUAAAACUGUCAACAAUCUGGUCGUUGGGAACAUGUGGCGAUGUCCCAUGGGUGGCCUGGGUAACUGUAAUCGUGAUCGGUGUGCAGGAGGCAUAUACGACUGUCAAACUUUGAUAAACAGCUUAGGCCAAAACUAAAGUCACGUUUUCUCCGCGUGGCAUUUAAAUAGCAGUCCAUAUUGAUUCUGUAUUGCAUGAUUGCUCUAACAGAUUUCUCAGAUAUUUUUUGACAGCAUAGGCCUUUUACGUCAUAGACCGAUAGACCGUGCGAUUUCACGCAAGAAAGUAAACAAACGUUGAUUGCGAAAGGGCACCUGUUGGCCAAUCACAGACGAUAUUCCUCGCCGAUUGGGAAAUUAGCCAAUCAAAUGUGUCGUUAAAAAUAGCUUUGAUAUUAUACAGCCCAGCCAUAUUGGCUGUGUACUACGAAAUCUCUACGAGUUGACUGACAGUCCUGACAUUAAGGUGUAGUAAUGUAGAUUUAUUUGGUGUCAAUCGGCUGUCGGUAGAGAAAGUCAUCUUAAACAAACAGUAUGUUGACAGACCUCAAGUGGAUGCCAAGUACUAAAAUCGUUUAGAUACGCUAAAUUCACCAACGGUAGUUUGUGUUUACCAUUUCGGUUCUACCACGAGGUCUACGAUAGGUAAGACUCCGGGGUUUUUACCUGUAUCACUGAGCGCUCUUAAAAGUAAUAGCGUACCUGCGUUGCAACGAAAUUGUGUCAUUUGCUCUUCAGGGCAGCACUUCGCUCCAGAGGACCUACUUCCUCCUGUUAAAGCUAUCAUAUCCGAGAGGAAAUCCCUAAUUGUGCAACGAGAGAAGAAUCGUACCAAGACAUUUAGUGAAUUCAAAGGAUAUCAUUUGUCUCAUUUCUGUUAUUAUAGUAAGUGUGCUUGAGGAAAAAGGAACAUUUUGUCACGAUGUCCAAGGGAUUACACGGCGAUAACGCUAAAACUUACAAACUCGUGGUCGUGGGUGAUGGUGGUGUGGGCAAGUCGGCAUUAACUAUCCAAUUCUUCCAGAAAAUGUUCGUCGAGGAUUAUGACCCUACGAUUGAAGAUUCCUACAUACAGAAUGCAGAUAUUGACGGGAAAUGGUGUAUAUUGGAUGUACUUGACACAGCGGGUCAGGAGGAGUUCAGUGCUAUGAGAGAACAGUACAUGAGAAAGGGCGACGGUUUUCUACUUGUCUACUCCGUCACUGAUCGCCAGAGCUAUGAAAACAUCGAGAACUUCUACUCACAGAUUCUUCGUGUCAAGGACAGAGAUAACUAUCCCAUGGUACUGGUAGCUAACAAAGUGGAUUUGGUGGCUCUACGAAAGGUGUCCGACGAACAGGGCAACAACUUGGCUCGACACCUUAGGUUACAAUACAUAGAAACUAGUGCCAAAGAUCCACCACUGAACGUCGAUAAGGCUUUCCAUGAACUUGUCCGUGUGAUACGCAGCCAGCCUCAGGACCCAAAGAGGGAACGCCGACACACAGGGAAAAAAAGGAGAUGUACUAUACUGUGAUAGCACCCUCUUUGUUACAUUGUUUUGUUAUAUAGCAAGUUGUUAAGGCCUGGUAAACUUAUUGUUGGCACAAGAACAAAUUCUUGGUGUACUGUAUGAUGGAUUUUAAAUGAAAUUGUUUAAGAAAUAGUUUAUGUAUUCAACAAUGGCUGUUGAUUGUAAUGAAAUAAUUAUGAUAGAUUUUAAUGGAUGAAUCUAAAGAGAUAUCUUUUACUGGUUGUGUUAACAGUGUUUUAUUAUGCUUUUACCAGGUUUUAAAAUCUUUUAUAGUCUACUUGUCAUUCAAGAGUUCUUUCCCUUCUCUCAUGUGAGGGAUCACUCUAUAUUUUACAAAAAUCCCACCAAAAACAUACAACAGAUAUAAAAUUUUGAUAUUAAAAUUACAAAACAGAUUCUGUGGUAUUAAAUCUGUUUUAUAAAAUAUUGAUAAGGACUGGAUCAUAUUGUAUGUCAGUAAAGUUGUUUUGGGCAAAUAAAUCAUUUGAAAUUUUCUUUAUAGUGUAGAGGUGUGGUUGAAUCAAUAUUUACUAAAAAGUUGUGUGAUCAGAAUAAUAUAUUGUAUAAUUGCUGAUAAGAAACAGUUUUGUAAAAAAAAAAUUGUGUAAUCAUGUGCAAUAGGUAAUAGAUUAAUUAUCCGUAGCAAUUUGGAGUUCAUAUAAAGUAAAUGAUAAAAUUAAAAUCUCAGGGGCCAGACACGUUCAUAUGACCCUGAAUGAAAUUUAAUAUCAGGGUCUGACCCCCAGAUCAUUGACGAAGUUCCUGCCCUUGUCUGAGAAUCAGACCCUGGGGUUUAAUAUUUUACACUGAAUCAUAGGAACAUGUCAAACCCCUGUGAUUUACAGUUAACAAAUCACACUGCUUUCAAUUUUAACAGCAGAAUAAAUGUCCUUGAUUGAUUACUUAGAAAUUUAUCAUAGAAUGAAUAUGUCCUUUAUGCCAGGAUAUCUAAAAUAGCACUUUAUUAUCUUAAUCUGUUGUCAAAACUGCUGUAUCAGAAAAAUCAUGUAUGAAAUAUGACAGAAGCCUCUGUAUAAAUUUAUCAUUUUGAUGAAUAUUUCAAUGUUAUACAAAGUGACCUUUAGGUUCAAAUAUUUAACUCGGAAGUUUUCUUAAAAUUAGGUUUUCACCGUUUCACAUCUUAUAUCAUUAUGUUAUUAUAUAUGUAACUUAUUUGAUAAAUAUUUAUAUUUUUAUCCAUCUUUAUUUGGUCACUUUUAUGGAUAUGAAUUGUUUUAAUGAAUAAAAAAAAUCUAAAAUCAUGGUAUCUGUCACUGCUAAAAACUUAAGGAACAGUUUCUUAUGUACAUUCACAUUCCAAACUUUAGUAGCAGGUUAAUUUUUUCUUUCAAUAUAAAUAUUGUAUUAUUACCAUAUUUAUUCUGUAAUAAACCCAGACACAGCUUAGGACAAAAGGAAGGGUCUAGCUCAUCAGAACCAGGGAUUAUCAGACUAAUUCAGUAACAGAACAAAGAUAUACAAUCUAAUUAAAAUUAGACUUGUAAUUUCCAUUCCUCUACAAUAAUCUACGAUACAAUACUUGUAUUGCAGUGUAUUGUAGAUGAGUGGUAAUUACAAGUCUAAUUUUAAUUAGAUUGAAAGAAAUACUACCACCAAUUUGUUUGGUAUUUUACUAAAACCUAAAGACAAAGAAUGGGCUUAUUACAGUAUAGAUAUGGUACAAGGUAGUCCAAACUUUUGUGAUACUAGAUGUAUGCUUUUUAAUUUGCUUUUUCAAGAAAAAUGGCCAAGAGAAUUUUAUUAUGUAAUUGUAUAUUUGAAAUAUCAUCAUGCUUUGAAAACAAACCAAUGAUUGGUGACAUUUCUGAGUAUUGUUAUGAGAUUGUCAUUGUCAUCCUUUUUAUUCUUUAAAUAUAUUACCAUUUUUCUCCUGUGGAGAUAACAAAUUAUCCUCCUUAUUAAAUUAAAAAAGAAACCAGUUUUAAAUUAAAUGUUUAAAACGGUAAUGGGUAAAAAAUGAUUAUGUAGUUAGUUUGUUAAAUAUUUAAAAUUUUAUGAUUUAACUACAGUGUGUAAUACAAUGUAUAUGAUACUUAAAGAUUAUUGUAUUAAAAACAUUGUAUUUCUGUUCUGAAACAAUAGUUUCAUGUUUCAAAAAUAUAUAUAAAUCAAGCUCCAGAAAAAAAAGGCCAAUCUCAAAUAGUCCUCCAAACCACCGAUACAUUUAUAUAUUGGAAAUGUUCUUUUAGUUUGAAUUUAAAAAAUAAAUGACUAAAACUUUAUUAUGAACCAUCAGAGAAAUGUUCAUAUCAAUUUCAUAUUAAAAUGUAUAACUGAAAUUUGUGUCAUUUAAUUGGAAAAUCCCAUUGCUGUACAUAUUUUUGUAUCGUGACUGAUAGGAUUAUGUAUGGUUUGGGUCAAAUUUGGACCCCAGUUUUAAAUUGAGUUUGGACCCCGGUUUCAAAUUGAUUGGAUUUUUUCAGUUACACAGUGUUGAUAAUUAAAGGAGAACAUGGAUUGAUUUUGUUAAAUAAGUGAUAUUGUUUUGAAGGAGUAUUACUUAAUAAGUUAUUAAUGAAGACAUGAACAAGAGAAGAUAGUGCUGAUAGACGGGUAGACUGUAUAUUGUUGAUCUCAUAUUUGUUGUGUACCCUAUAUGUUCAUGUAAUUCAGAAACCUGAAGGUUACAUUAAGGUUCCUGUGUAUAUGUAAAAUUCUCCAUAUAACACGAAAUCUCGGCAUCUGUUGAUAAAAAGUCCAGUAUCUUAUAUGGGUGGAUAUGAUAUGGAAACAAAUUUAAUUUGAUACGUCACAAGCAUUUAGGUGACACAUUGAAUUAUUGUAAAGUUUAACAAAUUCCGUAUAUCAUAACCACGAAUGUAAGAUUCUGUUUAUCAUAACCACGAAUGUAAGAUUCUGUUUAUCACAGAACUCGUAUUAAUGAGAAAAUAAGCAAAAAGUCUGAAAUUCAUUUCCAAAUUUUGACUUGAAGGUAGAUUUUUCUUCGCCAGAACAGUUAUGUGAUGUUAUCCCAUCGUCAUGUAUUGAUAAUGUCAGAAUGGUGAUAUUCCGUGUGUCGUACAAUAUUUACGAUUAAUUAACUAAAGAGGUAGAGCCAACAUCAGUUCUGAGUGUAUUGGGUAAAUCAGUGGGGUGAUGUGCGUUGGGUAUGGAAAGAUACGCAGGGCCACGAAAUGAAAUAUAAAAAUUAUUCCAAAUGGUUUCAAUCACAACAUACCCAAGUAUCGCCAGUAAUUUGGUAAUUUAUUGGCCCACUAGUCUUGCCACUUACUGCUACUACUGGUGAGGCUUGGGUAUGUGGUGAUUAAAACCACUUGGAUUAAUUACAAUAUUUAGAAUAAAUGGUUGUAAUGUCUUCAUCCCGAACAACACAAAUGGGUUAGUGUAAUGUAUACCUAAUAAAAGGCCUACGAGUCCUGUAAGACUGUUAACUGGAAAAAUAUUACUAAAUAUGCCCAGGUUUGUUUAAUGAGGCCGAGAUUGUACAUAACGAGAUUCCGUGUUAUACAUCAAUACAAAAAUGUGUGUUAUCAUAAAAUGAUUAUGAAACUACAUGUCAUGAAAAGAUCAUUGUUUAAAAUUCAUCAUUGUGAGUAUACAGUUAAUUCAUUGUUACAUGUUGUAUCAAAUAUUGUUAUAUAUUGUUGAAAUUUUAAUGAUUGUUUCAUUUAUUGAAAAAAGAUUUAAUGAUAUGGCCGACUUAUAUUUGGUAGUUUUGCAGCCAUUUAAAGUAAGUCAGUGUUUAUAUUGUAUAUACCGGUAUGUGACAAGUAGUCAUUUCUAGUGUUGUCAGGCUGAACAUAUAUAUCGUUCUCCGAGUUCUUCUCAGAUUCUAUAUAUCAGAUUUAAAAUUUGUAAGGUAACAUGUUUAAAGUAACAUUUUUAAGGUAACAUGUUGCAAAAAAAUAUAUACAAGUUAUCUUCCUUACUUAAAGAGAACCAACUAGUCUUAUUUUCUUCUCUUUUUUUUUCUCUUAUUUUUUUUACGUUCAAUUUUUUUCUGCAAUUGAUUAAAUCCAUCUCUUAUAUUCAAUAAAUAUGUAAACACUGGUUUAUGAAUAUGACGUCUCAACCAUGGAAUAAAUAAAAGUUUUGUAAUUAAACUUGAAAAUACGACAGCAGAUGUAGACUGAAUUAAAGCCAUUUAAACCCACAUGGUCCAUAAAAACCCACAUCCGCCCCGAGACAUGUCCAUAAAAAAACGUUGUUUCAUAUAUAUACUGUGCUGGGGUUUUAUGUUGAUUCCCAGUGAUAAGAGGAGACAACAUUUUGUGUUAAAUCUCAUCAAUACCCAGGUCCCCCAACGUACCGUCUGUUACAGACCAAUUUACAUUGAGCUCACGAUUGAUUUUAAAUGAUUAUUUUAUUUGUAUUUUUUCUGAAUCGUAGAUUUGUAUGUUGCUUUUACAUCCCUUUAUGUCCGUGUAUCAUUAUUUAUUCCAUGUCCAUUCCGAACGGUUUUAGUUCCAGGCUUUUAUAUUCUUUAUUCUAAUGAUGCUCAUUGUUUGUGUAGAUUGAUUGUGAGUCAUUGCGAAUAAAUCCUUGUUAUGGAAGGGAAACUGUUUGCAGAUAACUAACAUGUGCUGGGCAGUGUUAAUAUGAUAACAAAACAUGUAUAUAUGAGGUUCCUGGAAAAAACAACAGCUCAAAUGUGGGCAUUAAAUUUUUUAUGUUUCAUUAAUUAAUUGCAAAACCAUCUUUCCUAAUGCCAACCCAUAUUAACAAAAUUCAAUAAUACACAACAGAAAAAAAAAACACGGUGUGCCUCCCAUCUUUAAGUUCCCUCUGGCCUUACAAGGCCCAUUAAGACUUUUUGAUCAACAAAUGUC